UCAUAGCUUAGGUUUAUGAAGGGUUUAAAGGCGGCUGCUACUCUUCGCCUCCUACUGUUCUUCAAAAUUUUCUCGGGAAAUGCUCAUUCAUUUUCUCAUGUCCCAAACACCUUCCACCUGCAACUGAAACUUCAUUUCCUCGCUUGCAUCACAAACAUGUGGACCAACAUAGUCAAGCGAACCUCCUCAAGGAAGUUCAAGCAAUCCUUCGAAUUUCUCUCUUCUUUUUCUUCUCCGCUGAGAUUUUCUCAGUACCCGAAUUUUCCCGAGAAAAUUGUGCCCCUUGAGGUAAACUCGAGGCACCCAUUGCUGGGUUUCAAUCAAGUUGGUGCCUUUACUUCGAAAAGCAAAUUGGGUCGAUCCAAGUUUUUGAUUUCUGGGGAUCCUUUUUGUUUUUCUUCUUCUUCUUCUUCUUCUUCAAGUUCUUUGAAGCUAGCUAGAGGUUAUGCUAGCGUUGCUGAGGCUAUUGAAUCUUCUGAUGCCGAAUACGAUUAUUCUGCGUCUGAGGAGGUGCAGAAAUUGUUAGAGGAAAUGGUGAAAGAAGAGAAGGAAAAACCUCAAUUGGAGCCUGAAAAGAAAAUGGAUGGAGGCAUGACGAGCUAUAAGUACAAGAUGCUUAAGAAGAGGCAGAUUAAAAUGGAGACUGAGGCAUGGGAAGAUGCAGCAAGAGAGUAUCAGGAACUGUUGGAGGACAUGCGUAAGCAGAAGCUUGCACCCAAUUUGCCUUAUAUGAAGUCAUUGUUCCUUGGUUGGUUUGAGCCCUUAAGGAAUGCAAUUGUUGCUGAACAAGAGCUUUGCAAAGAUACCCGGCUUCGGUUGACCCAUGGUCCUUAUUUCAAUGAGUUACCUGCAGACAUGAUGGCUGUGAUCACAAUGCACAAGUUGAUGGGGUUGUUGAUGACCAAUACAAAUGGGGUGGGCAGUGCUAAAGUGGUCCAAGGUGCUUCACAAAUAGGUGAAGCCAUUGAACAUGAGGCUAGGAUAUACCGUUUUAUGGAGAAGACAAAGAAGAAGACUAAAGCAACUGACAAUUGUGAAGGUGAAUCUGAUCUUGCACCUGUAAAAAAAGGUAAAUUGACUGAAGAGGAGAAAGUGAAACUGGAUAAAGAGAAGAAAAGACUCAGGAGAAAGCUUAAUAGUUUAAUAAAAAAACAGAAGAACCAACAAGCAUUGGGAAUAGUCAGGGGACGAGAUGAUUGGAAGCCUUGGGGACAGGAAGCUCAAGUAAAGGUUGGCUCUUGUUUGAUGCAACUGUUGAUAGAUACAGCCUACAUACAACCACCUGCCAAUCAAAUUGGAGAUGGUCCACCAGAUAUUCGUCCAGCAUUUAAGCAUACCCUUAAAAAUAUUUCAACUGAUUCACAGAAUGGAAGUAAGAGAUAUGGUGUCAUUGAAUGUGACUCGCUGGUUCAACAGGGCCUUGAAAAGUCUGCGAGACACAUGGUCAUCCCCUACAUGCCAAUGUUGGUUCCACCUAAUAACUGGACAGGGUAUGACAAAGGAGCAUACUUGUUUUUGCCAUCAUAUGUCAUGAGAAUACAUGGAGCAAAGCAGCAGCGUGACGCUGUUAAAAGGGCUCCUGUGACUCAACUCAACCCUGUUUUUGAGGCUCUGAAUACCCUUGGCAGUACCAAAUGGAGGGUAAACAAAAGGGUACUUAGUGUGAUAGAUCAAAUAUGGGCUAAAGGAGGAGGCCUAGCUGACUUGGUGGACCGUAAAGAUGUUCCCCUCCCAGAGGAACUAGAUACAGAAGAUGAAGCGGAAAUUCGAAAAUGGAAAUGGAGUGUAAAAAAUGUCCGAAAAGAGAAUAAUGAGAGGCAUUCACAGCGGUGUGACAUAGAACUUAAACUUGCAGUUGCGCGAAAGAUGAAGGAUGAAGAUGGCUUCUACUAUCCUCACAAUCUUGAUUUCCGAGGACGUGCAUAUCCCAUGCACCCAUAUUUAAAUCAUCUUGGUUCUGAUUUAUGCCGAGGCAUACUUGAGUUCGGUGAGGGACGCCCUCUAGGGAAGUCAGGCUUGCACUGGUUGAAAAUACAUCUGGCAAAUUUGUAUGCUGGUGGUGUGGACAAGCUAUGCUAUGAUGGUCGAAUAGCAUUUACUGAGAACCACCUGGAUGAUAUAUUUGAUUCUGCAAACAAGCCUCUUGAAGGAAAGCGGUGGUGGUUGGAAGCAGAGGAUCCUUUUCAAUGCUUGGCAGCUUGUAUCAAUCUCGCUGAAGCAUUGAGAAGCCCCACUCCUGAGACUACAAUGUCUCACAUGCCUGUACACCAGGAUGGUUCAUGCAAUGGCUUACAACAUUAUGCAGCACUUGGGAGGGACAAGUUGGGAGCUGCUGCAGUCAAUCUUAUUGGUGGAGACCAGCCUGCUGAUGUUUAUUCAGGAAUUGCUACUAGAGUACUUGAAAUCAUGAGAAGAGAUGCAGAGAAAGAUCCCAAAACUAACCCAAAUGCAUUGCAUGCUAGGAAUUUGAUCAACCAGGUGGACCGAAAGUUGGUGAAGCAAACAGUGAUGACAUCAGUCUAUGGAGUGACUUACAUUGGGGCCCGAGACCAGAUCAAGAGGAGGUUAAAGGAGCGCUGUGCCAUCGAGGAUGAUGCACAGCUGUUUGGUGCUUCCUGCUAUGCAGCAAAAACCACCCUUACCGCCUUACAAGAGAUGUUUGAGGCAGCAAGAAGUAUUAUGGGUUGGCUAGGUGAUUGUGCAAAGGUGAUAGCUUCCACAAACCAAGCAGUCCGAUGGACCACUCCCCUUGGGCUUCCUGUAGUACAACCUUAUCGCCAACACGGAAGGCAUCUUAUCAAGACUUCCCUUCAGGUAUUGACGUUACAGCGGGAGACUGACAAGGUCAUGACUAAAAGACAGAGAACAGCUUUUGCCCCAAAUUUUGUUCACUCUCUUGAUGGUUCUCACAUGAUGAUGACUGCAGUUGCUUGUAAAAAAGCAGGGUUGAACUUCGCAGGGGUUCAUGAUUCAUAUUGGACACACGCGUGUGAUGUUGAUGAAAUGAAUAGGGUACUGAGGGAAAAGUUUGUUGAACUCUACGAGGCUCCAGUAUUGGAAAAUUUGUUGGAAAACUUCCAGAAGACUUUUCCCACAUUGAACUUUCCUGCCUUACCAGAGAGGGGAGACUUCGAUCUUCGAGAGGUUUUGGAGUCUCCCUACUUUUUCAACUAAACUGAACAGGAUCUCCAGUUGCUUUUCUAGUACUAACCUGCGGAGUUCAGCCCAACAUGGUGAAAUAUGUAUUAUAUCUACUUACAUGGGAUUGUAAAAGCCCCAAGAACAGACAUGGAGAAGACACAAGUGCAAAUACAGGAACCCAAUACUUAUCCUAUAUCUGUUUCGAACAAACGCAUUUUCAACCAGGCGAGUCCCAUGACAGCUGUGUCUCCCAGAUCAAAGGAUAUGGGAAAUCUCGGGAUCUAAGUUAAGAUAAUUUGUCUGAAAGAAAGCAGGCUCCAAAUAUGGCUUUCAAAUUGAUCCAGAAUAUUUCUUGGAUCAGUUCCAAAGCAAGAAGGUUCCGCAUAUACAGUAAACACAGAUAAUAAAGGAUUGGAGCACUAGUAAUCAAUGAGACCAGAUCAACCUCUGAGUUCAUGAUUUGAUUUAUCAGACUAGUUAUGAAAAGGUGAUCUUCUCAGAUGUGCAAGCUUCAGUCUCCAUUGCUUUCCUCUUGUAAAGAAAAGCCUAAAUUAUUUUUUGUCAUGGUUACUGUAAUAUUUGAUCGUACACUGUUCAUUAUUUGAAUUGAUAAAUGUAAAUACCAAUAAAAAGGUCAGAGCUUACACACCUCAUUUUCUUUCUCUCAUCUCAAUUCUACUCUUAUUUUUCUCUUCC